AAGAAAGGAGAAAAAACUUGCUCAGUUAGGUUCUUCUUCGUUAUCUGUUUCUGAAAAAACAAAAAUCUCUCCACCUGCAAAAACACUUGAAGAUUUCAUUAAUGAACCUCUGCCAGAAUCACCUGCCCACAGACUAGAGACUGGUGAAUGUCACAUCCCCAGAAAUGAACCGAACAUUUGACACUAGUUGGGCUCUGUUUGCCAAGUACCAGAUGGCCAUCCACAAUGAAGAACCAGAUGAAUGCGAUCAGUCCUCUUUUUCUAAUUUUUUGGUUAACUCCCCAUUAAAGCCCUGGAAACCAAGUGAUGGGCCGUCGCAGGGUUAUGGAUCAUUCCACCAACAGUAUUGGCUGGAUGGUCGUCUAUUAGCAGUAGGAGUUAUAGACAUUCUGCCUCGUUGUAUCUCUUCUGUCUACUUCUUCUAUGAUCCGGAGUUUCAUUUCUUGACUCUCGGCACAUAUGGCUCUCUUAGGGAAAUAGCUUUCUGUCGGACACUACACCAUUCUGCCCCUAGCCUGCAAUACUAUUACAUGGGUUUCUACAUCCACUCAUGUCCCAAAAUGCGGUACAAGGGAGCUUUCUCCCCAUCGUUCCUACUGUGUCCUGAAGUGUACUCCUGGCAUCCACUGGAGUCCUGCCUGCCCCUUCUUGAACGUACCAAGUACUGCCGGUUCAAUCCGGACCCUAAGGUCCAUGACCCCGACCAGCUCGUAGGCAUUGGUGACGUGUCUGUCCUCUUCCUGAACAAAGCGAUGGCUUACAGUACCUUCCGUACUCUCAACCCGGCCAACCAGCAUCAGGAGGAGGUCACCAAAUAUGCCUCACUUGUCGGAAAUAAGCUCUCCAGGCGAAUGUUACUUAUCCUCAUGUUUUAGGAGGGUUAUCAAUUUAUAAAAUCGUUCAGAUCAAAAGUUUAAAACAUAUGCUUCCACCUUGUUUUGCAAUAUUAUGAUAGUUCAGUAAAUUACUUUUAAAUAUUUUAAUUUAUUUUAUUAUUUAUUUAGUUUAUAGAUAAAAUUAAAGUAUACACUACACAUAUUGUUAACUAUUUUGUUAUUUGAUUGUCACAGUGACUUGCUAGUGACUAGUUUAAGCUAUACAUCUUUUCUUGUGUUGUGUUCAUUAUUUUAAAAGCUUUUGUGAUUGCUUGUAUUUAUCUGUAAAUAUAUUAUAUAUUUAAAGUUUA